AUGUCGUUUAUUAUUGGUGACACGACAAAUUCUGAACGCCCUCAGCGCAGCCGUAAUGCUCGAGCACAAGCCAGACACCGAAAAAAACGUAAGGCGUAUAUUGAAUAUGUAAGCGUGAACACAGCUCCUUUCACCACACGACCUCGCUGCGUUUUAACCAGCGUCGCCCAGCUGGAAGAAACUGUCGCAAUGCUCCAAAUGGCUCUGACGCUACGAGAAGAACGGGCAGAGCUCUGGAGGAUGGUCGCAGAGGUCGGAGGGACGCCAACCGCCCGCAUGAGUUGGAACUCAUUGACAACCUACCCAGAUGGCCGGUAUUGUGACCAAGACCAUACCCUGGUCCCAAGUGAAACUCCACCCCAUGUGACGGAACCACUUUUGCGACCACCACCAUUGACAACAUCCCAAUCAGCCUCGAACUAUCACUGUGAUAUUCCCUCCAACACCAAUCAUCACGGUCCUGGGCCAAGCUUGUCAUUUGGCCUGCAUGCACCCGCAUUUCCAAUGCCAAAUACCCUGUCGGGUUCAAGUGCUACUUCAAGCCCCCCAUUCUCGCCUAUUGCACAAUACACCAACGCACUCUCAAACUACACGCAACAUCCAAACCAAUAUAUCUCUGUCGAAGUGGAGGACGACGCCAGUUAUAUUGGGCAAACAGCUUUUGUCGCCAGGUAA